AUGGCAUCAGGACCGAGAGUGAUGACCGCGGCAGUUGCAUUAUGCGGUCCGGUGCUGCUGGAGAUGCAGGAGCUCAUGGUUACGGUAGGGCUACCUAGUGAUUUAAUGUUGGAGGAGGCUAUUGGGCCUGCGCAAACUUGGACCAGACAUCGAGAUGAUAUGGAGAGGUUUAUUUAUCCGAUCCUGAGAAUGAAAGCCGAGAUGCUGGAGGCUAGGGGGCGAAGGGAGAAGGAGAAAAAGUGGGCCUAA